GGAGCAAGCAGAGUUAGAGGCAGGACAAAAGAAGUUAUAUAGAUGGUUAUAUGCAUAUAUUUUAAUGUUUUAGAAGGCGUGUAGUGGGGGGGAAAAAAAACAAAACAAAAACAAAAGUAGCGAAUGUGGACAUGACGGUGUAGAUAUGGAGCCCUCUUUGAGCAAGAGGAAUUCGGCGAUAAGAUUAGCGGAUUUGGCAGCGACUCAACCCCUUCCUCAUCAGAAUAUGACAGGCUUCCCGGGGAUAGGGGGGCAUCACCCUCACUCCCACCAUGCCCACCUCCACCCUGGGGAGAUGGGCAACGACCCUGGAGUGGCUCUCACUCCAUUUGGACCCGAGCACAUGGCACAGACAAAUGCUCUCAAACUUAGUCCAUCGCAGCACAUUCAAAGCCAUCCCGAAGCCCAGACCGCGGCAUCCUUCCCGUCUUCUCAGACCACAGUUGGUUUCCCCGUGGCUCACCCCCACUCAGGCUACGCAAGCAGCAGGGACUUCAUCCUCAGGAGAGAGCUCUCAGCCUCUGCUAUGCAUGCACUUGGCGACCAGCAUAGUUCCGCCUCCUCCCCUCAUCACCAUGGCAUGUUCAUUUCCCCAACAGGUGCUUACGGGCACACGGAAGGUGGUGCCCAUCCACUUUUCACGGGACUUCACGAGCAGACAGCCCCAGGUGCCCACCACCAUGCUCUCAACGGACAGAUGCGCCUGGGUCUUCCAGGGGACAUCUACGGCCGGCCAGAACACUUCGGCCACAGGCCUGAACACUAUGGACCUUCCCUUCACGGCUACAAUUCCAUGAACCUAAAUGUGAACCUCGCUUCAGCCCCUCAUGGAGCCACGGGGGCGUUUUUGAGGUACAUGAGGCAGCCCAUCAAACAAGAGCUGAUCUGCAAAUGGAUUGACCAGGAACAAACGUCUAAGAAGCCGUGCUCGAAAACUUUCAGCACCAUGCACGAGCUGGUAAACCACGUCACGGUGGAGCACGUCGGCGGACCCGAGCAGAGCAACCACGUCUGCUUCUGGGAGGAAUGUCCGCGCGAGGGCAAGGCGUUUAAGGCAAAGUACAAACUGAUCAACCAUAUCCGAGUUCACACGGGAGAGAAACCGUUUCCUUGCCCUUUUCCUGGUUGUGGAAAAGUGUUUGCUCGCUCGGAAAACCUAAAGAUUCACAAGAGGACUCACACAGGUGAGAAGCCUUUCAAAUGCGAGUUUGACGGCUGCGACCGAAAAUUCGCCAACAGCAGUGACAGGAAGAAGCAUUCACACGUGCACACCAGCGACAAGCCCUACUACUGCAAAGUGCGCGGCUGUGACAAGUCCUACACGCACCCGAGCUCACUGCGGAAACACAUGAAGGUGCACUGCAAGUCUCCUCCGCCCCCUUCCUCCAGCUCGGCCGCCACGUAUCAUUCCUCCUCCGCGGCGCUCGGUGACGCGCUCGCGCCCUCCACAGAACCACUGCGGAGUCGCGCGGCCAACCUUUCCCCACAGGUCACCAACCUCAACGAGUGGUACGUAUGCCAGGGCAGUGCUGUCCCUAACAAUCUCCACACCCCCUCCAGCGAUGUCCCAACCUCCGAAUCUGACGACGAGGACUCUUUUAGACAUUCAGACCCAAGGACGAUGCUCUGAUAUGAAGCACAAGGGAUAUAUUUAUGUU